AUGGCUCUCGCUCUUCAAGGGUUCACUUUUCUCCAGCAAUACGCGACAUCAUGGAUGCACGGCAAGACCAAGACGUCUUCCAUGGCGCUGAAUCUAGGAGUGCUCUCGUCCGCUCAGAUCAAUGCCGCAGGCGUCAUCCAUCCCGCCGAAACCCAUCCGGACGUCAACCUCUACGCUAUCGCCUCGCGAGAUGCAUCCAAAGCCAAAAGCUACGCGGAGAAAUAUGGCUUCAAGAAGCACUACGGGUCAUAUCAGGAAUUGCUCAAUGAUCCAGAUAUCAAUAUGGUAUACGUCUCGUUACCGAAUAGCAUGCAUUUUGAAUGGACCAAGAAAGCCCUAUUGGCUGGGAAACAUGUUCUGUGCGAGAAGCCGUUUACUUCAAACGCAGCGGAGGCCAGGGAGUUGGUGAAGCUGGCGAAGGAGAAGAAGCUAGUCUUGGAGGAAGCGUUCCAUUGGCAAUUCCACCCUGCCGCACACUUAUUCCGCUCCAUCCUCGACUCCGGCAAAUACGGCAAUAUCAUUAGCACGGACGCCUGGAUGACCGCCAGCCCCGGCAUCCCAGAAGGAGAUAUCCGCUGGCAAUUUGAGCUCGCAGGCGGCUCCCUCAUGGACGAAACCUACGCUCUCUCCUUCACCCGCUACGCAAUCCACACUCCACACCCCCCCAAAACCGUCCUAUCCGCCAUCUCCCGCCCCUCAAAGCAAGACCCCCGCGUUGACGCCGCCAUGCACGCCCACCUCCUCUUCGCCUCCCCCACGGAUCCCAACCGCUCGAUCCAUAGCCGGAUCUACACCGACCUCUCCCGCAGCUGGACCUUUUUCGGCCUCGUUCCGCGCCUCUGGGAACUUCCCUCCAUCGAAGUCGAGACCGACACGGCCACUGUGUUUUUCUACAAUGCCAUGAUGCCGCAUGUCUAUCACUACAUUGCCAUUACGGAUAAGCGCACGGGCAAGACGGAGUAUCGGACGCAGAGCUUCCGGCGGGCCGGUGUGGGGCGAUAA